AUGCGUAGAUGCGGAAUGUGGGCCGGUGGAGCAUGCGGGGGACAAUCAACAUUAAGCAUAACAGCCUCAAACGAGAAUUCUGUCAAGAUGAGCGACACCAAGGUGCUCAAGAUCCUAUUCAAAUCGCCAGUAACGGACGACAUGAUCCGGUACCUGACCAACACCACGCUGAGCGUAUUGCCCUGCGCGCGGGAGCCCCGCCAGGCGUACCCCUCGCCGCCCUCGAGUCCCGGUGCUGCGUCCAAGCGCGCGCUGCCCUCUCUAAUGACGUUCAUCACGCGGCUGGUCCGCUACACAAACGUGUACACGUCCACGCUGCUGACCGCGACGUGCUACCUGGAGAAGCUGCGGCGGCUACUGCCGCGCGACGCGCACGGACUGCCCUCCACGGGCCACCGGAUCUUCCUGGCGUGUCUGAUCCUGAGCGCGAAGUACCACAACGACUCGUCGCCGCAGAACAAGCACUGGGCCGCGUACACGGACGGGCUUUUCUGUCUGGAUGACGUGAACCUUAUGGAGCGCCAGCUGCUGCAGCUACUGGACUGGGAUCUACGCGUGGAAGAGCAGGAGCUGUGCGACGCGCUAGAACCGCUGCUAGAGCCCAUUCGCCACGACCUGGCGCGCUCCCGUAAGGCCAUGGCCCGCAACUACUACCAUCAAAGAAAUAUGAGCACGUGCUCAAGCACGAGCACACUAGUCUCGACGCCGAGCCUACCAUCGCUGGCGAGCAUGAAAUCGCUGACAGCCAUGAAGUCGCUGCCGUCGCUGCCGCGGCUACCAAGCAAGGCCUCGCUCUACGCGCCGCUGUACUCGCAGUGCGACUACAGCAGCGCGACACUAGUAUAG